GCCACGAUGAGUUUCACUGUAGAGCACCACCUCUUCGGUCCGUCCUCGUACCGCAAGGCUCGGCCCUCCUCCGGGCAAUCCAGCGGCUUCCACUCCCAGCGCCGCCGCCUGACCUACAGCCAGCCGUCCUCCGCAGACAGCCUGGAGACUUUCGGAGGAGACAUGACGCGCAGAAACGAGAAAGAGAUCCUGCAGACUCUCAAUGACAGGUUCGCCGGGUACAUCGACAAGGUGCGCAACCUGGAAAUGCACAACCGCAACUUGGAGGCAGAAGCAGAAGCUCUGCGGCAGAACCAGGCCGGUCGCAGCUCGAUUGGAGAGCACUACGAGCGAGAGCUGGGUGACCUGAGGGGUCUCCUGCAACAACUGACUGGGGAGAAAGCCCGCGCUGCUCUGGAGCAUGAUCACCUGGACGAGGACAUCCAGCAACUGCGGGGCCGGCUCGAGGAGGAGGCACGAAACCGGGAAGAGUUGGAUGCUGCCGCUCGCACCAUGAAAAAGUAUGUGGAAGAGUGCCGCUUGGCGCGUACAGAGCUAGACAAGAAGCUCCGCGCCCUCGAAGAGGAGGGCGUUUUUCUGAAGAAGAACCACGAUGAAGAAGUUGCAGAGCUCCUCGAGCAGAUUCACGGCGCGCAGGUGAGCUUUGACAUACGAGACACGAUGAAGAUGGACGUCACCGGUGCACUGCGAGAGAUCCGCGCACAGCUUGACGGCCAUGCCUCCAAGAGCUCGACACAAGCCGAAGAAUGGUUUAAAGUGCGCAUGGACCGUCUGUCUGAUGCUGCUCGCUCUAACCAGGAUGCAAUUCGUGGAAGCCAGGAGGAGAUUGGAGAGUACCGUCGUCAGCUCCAGAGCCGCACCAUUGAGCUUGAGACUCUUCGGGGAACCAAAGAUUCUCUGGAGAGGCAGCGUAUGGAGUGUGAAGACAGACAUCACGAUGACCUCAACUCCCUACAGGAGACCAUUAACCACCUGGACAAUGAGCUGAAAACCACUAAAUGGGAGAUGGCCAGCCAGCUGAAGGACUACCAGGAGCUGCUGAAUGUGAAGAUGGCUCUAGAUAUUGAGAUUGCUGCUUAUAGGAAGUUACUGGAGGGAGAGGAGAAUCGCUUCGUGUCAGGAGGAGGUCCCUACUCUUACCUUGAGAGCAGAAUCUCUUCCCACUUGAAAAUGAAAGGAGAGGAGGUCUCAGACACAGUCAUUGUUGAGGAACAGACCGAUGAGACCCAGGUGACAGAGGUCACAGAGGAGGCAGAUGAGGAAGAAGAGGAUGGAGAGAAAGAGGAAGAAGAGGAAGAGAAAGAUGAGGAAACCAAAGAAGAUGAGGAAGACGGUGAGGGAGUAGAUAAGGAGGAGGAAAAAGAGGGAGAAGAAGAGAAGGAGGAAGAAAAGGCAGAGGAAGAAGGAGAGGAAGAGGAUGCAGAUGAAGAAGAAGAUAAAUCAAAAUCUCCAGAAAAGAAGGGAUCACCUCAGCCUAAAUCUCCUGCUGUCAAAUCACCAGAGUCCAAAUCACCAGAGUCUAAAUCACCAGAGUCUAAAUCACCAGACUCCAAAUCACCAGCAGCCAAAUCCCCCAUGCCCAAAUCUCCGGCUAAGUCCCCUGCAGUGGAAUCCCCCGCAGGAGCAGAGUCCAAGUCACCUGAGUCAAAAUCCCCAGUGAGCAAGUCCCCCGAAUCAAAAUCUCCUCGUCCCUCAACCCCUGAACCGAAAUCUCCAGAAAAAGAGACGGCUGAGCUGGCCGCCACUAAAGACACACCAAAAGAGGAGAAAAAAGAGGAGAAGCCUGUCAAGGAGGAACAGAAGGAGAAAGAACAACCCGUGAAGGAGGAGAAGAAGCCAGAGCCCAAGGAGAAAGAGCCAGAGAAGGCAGAUAAACCUGAUGCAAAGAAAGAGAGCAAGGCAGAUGAAGCUGCCAAACCUGCUGCUCCCAGCAAGCCCUCAGAGGACAAGCCUAAGUCUGAGCCUAAAGAGAGUGCUCCCCCCACCAAGGAGGAGAAACCAGCUGCUCCUAAAACUGAGAAGGCCGAGCCAGAGGCAAAGCCUGACUCUAAAGCAGAGCCCGAGAAAACCGAUGGCAAGAAGGACGUGAAGAAGCCAGAAGAGAAGGCCGCACCUAAAGCCGAACCUGAGAAAACUGAGACCAAGAAAGAUGAGAAGAAGCCUGAGGCUAAAAAAGAGGCUAGUAAAGAAGACAGCAAGGAUGUGAAGGACGGGGGGAAGGCGGAGAAAUCCUCUGGCACCGAGACAAAGGAUAGCAAGGAGGAGAAAGCCAAGAAGUAAAACUGAUAAGCUGUGAUUCAAGGCACAAGGAGAGGAGGAAGUGGAGAUGCCAAAGAACUAUGAGAAGUGAAGGAAGGCAGGGUAAAGAGCAGGAGUAAGAAGCUUGAUGCUCCCAGCUCUUCGAAUGGAUUUAUGUCCAAAGCAAAGAAGGUUAUGGUAUGUAAGCAAUAGUGAUUACUCUAGCAAAUAACCCCCAGCACCCUAAGUAUGGCCAUUACACACCCUGAUGCUUCUGAUGUAUGACUGUAGUGAAUGCUCUAAACUCUUUAUCUGAAUGUGACGACUGCCCUAAAUAACAAGUGCAUUUAAAAUGAAUCCCGCUGAGGGGAACCGCAGGGGCCUGCUGAGAUGUCAAAGAUAGUUAUUAUAUAUAUAAAAACUUAUAUUUAAAGAGAUGCAAAAGUAUAUAUUAUAUUUACAGAUUCAUCAGUAAGAAAGACUUGAAUUUUUGCUUCUUGUGCACCUAGCUUCUCUUGACAGGUGAACUGCUGUGUCUCACUUCUCUGGUCUGCAAUGCUAGGACAAUGAUGACUAUGUGUUAUGUAUUAACUGCUGAGAAUAUGCAAUAUGAAACAGAUAAAUAAAGAAUGAAAUAUCAAACACAGAA